AUUGGUGGAGGUGGAGCAGAGGAGGAAGACACGGGGGCGACUACCUCGAUGGCGACCGAGCUGGGCGCCGCCGACCCCCCCGUAGUUCACCUCCGCGCGACGGGCGAGGCACUCGCCACGGACAUGGCGGGCGAGCGCCGCGUGGCAUGACCACUGUCGACGACCUCUGCACCGCAGACAAGCCAGCGUCGCGCGCCGUCCCCACUGUCCGCGACCUCUGCGCCGCCAACAACCCAACAUCGCGCGCUGUCCCCACCGUCCCGGAGUUCGCCCCAUGCGAGGAGCUGCCGAAUCCAGAGGUUCCUAGCAAAGUUACUAUUCCUGAGGCUUUGGAGUCAGACAACUACAGUCAACAAGAUGACUCAGGGGAUGAUAGCAUGAAUGAACAAGAGGAGCAAACUAUAGUUGAUAUGACAGAAUCAGACGCAUCAGACGGCAUGCUGAUCGAUGGCCUGAGAACAUUUUUACAGAAGAGACAAGAGAGGAAGCUAGAGAGGAGUGCUUUGAAAGAAAAAAGGAAGAAGAGGACAAGGGCAGAGAAAGGAAAAGCCAAACGGCACAUUAACAAAGAAAGAGCACCUGCUUACAGCAGGUUCAGCAUUGGAUAUUUCGCGAAGAUUGUUGAUGUUGUGUGCAAAAGCAAUCACAGGAUGGAGGUUGUGAGGGACGGUGGUUUUGGAUACUUGCUUGAGCUAGAUGAUUGUUAUGUUCCACGGCCAUUCGCACAGUGGGUCGCGGACAACAUAUCCACAAAAGAUGAAACAAUUGUACUUGACGGGAAAUCAAUUCCUCUCAACCCUGAAGCCGUAUCAUUAGUUCUUGGUAUACCAGCAGGCGGAACAAAGAUCAGAGUGCUAGACGAGGAGUGUGGGAAAGCAGAGUUCCUAUCACUGUUUGGGCUAACAGAACUUCCAUCCAUAAGUUUCUUUGGGAACAAGCUUAUGAACGAAGAACUGCCUGACGAUGUUUAUCUUCGGUGCUUCUUGACUGUCGCACUAGCAACCUUCCUGUGUCCCACAUCCAGCACAAAGCCAAGCACCAAAUAUUUGGGAGCACUUGUGGAUGUGUCAAAGUCAAAAGAUCUUGAUUGGUGCUCUUUUGUCCAUACAUGGAAUAUCUCCUAUGUCAAGAAGUACCAAACAGACAAGAUGAAGCAGAAACAGAUAACAACCACUUUGGGAGGCUGCAUUUAUCAGCUAGCAGUUCGGUGUCUAGACUUCAACAAUUUUGGAUCAAUAACAAUUCCACCAGCACUACCCAGGGUUUGUUUCUGGAAAGGACAAACCAUUAAACAUUUCAGUGAUAUGCUAAUUGGGAAAGAUGGAUUAUAUGGAGCUCUUCAAAUAAAAGAUGAGGAAGAAACUUGUUAUGCAGAAACUGACGGUGCAUGGGCAAGCGCCGCCAAGAACUCAAACAUUCGAAAAGCUAUACAAAGGGUCUUAGGCAACUCUUUUUCAGAUAAGAUCAAAGAAGAUAUAUUCCUCAAUUUCCAGGAGCGCGUAAAAGAUCAAAACCUGACGACAUGUCUGAUAGCAAAACAAGUGCUGCUGGAUACUUUGAACAUUGUCUCUUCUUCUUUCAAUGGCUCUCAACAUACAGAGAAGUUAGAGUCAUCCGAGCACUUGUACAUGCCAUACAGAGAAGUUAGAGUUGAUUCUAAUGGGAUUGAAAUUGGCAGUGAUCGAAGAGGCAGGAAGAAGAGAAUGAAGACGAGUACACAAUAGUCAAUAACUUCAACAAGUAAGGUUGUAUUAUUGCAAGAUAAAAUAAAGGAGUCAAAGCUGAAUUGCAACCAAUACCGUGGAAUGGUCUUAUAAAUGAGCACAAAGAUCAAGAUGAAAUGGAAGUAAAUUCUGAAAUUGGUAAAGGAUGUACACAUACAGUUGGACAAUCGGUGCGUGCUGAAUGCAUUGCACUGCAACAAGAAGCCCACAAGGGAGAAAGCAUGAACAAGGUUGGCCCUCCUAAACACAACCAAGACACAAAUAUGUUGGAUGGACAUAGCAACAUCCUCAAGCACAGUGUCAAUGCUUGUCAUAUUGAAAUAGAAGCACCAGAGAAAAGCACUAGCGUGAACUACAUGCUAUUAUCAGCUAGAUUGGCAAAAGCAGUGAUGAGCACGACAUAAGUUAACAAUUCAAAGGAAGUAUCCACCAACGAUGUACAGACAACAUUCACAGGGUUUCAACAUAACAUUGUUAACAACAAUAAAACAUAGCAUUGCAUAGACACUAGUACCAUGGAGCAACGAAAUGAGAAGCAAGCAGGGGUGUCUGAAUGUGUGGAACAUCAAAACAACAUUGACAAAGAUGUUUUUCCAGAUCGAAACACUAUGAAUAAUGUCAGCAAUUACAAGAAGCACGUUGAACUUGAUAUAGAUAUCAACAUAGCACUAUCAAACAACGAUAAGCAAGAACAUGUCAAAGAGUUACAGGACACUUUGCAUCCAUUAGAUAUUGCAAGGCAAAAGUACUUCUUCACAGAUGAUGCGACACCUAGCUGCAGAAUUCUUCCAGACCAUGAUGAUUGUGGGAAUCAAAUAACAGAGCCAGAAUUGUGGCGCCCAUUAGAGAUGAACUCGGAAGACUAUAAUGCUCAAAUAGAGGAAGCAAAGAAAAAAUAUCCAUGCAAUACAAGCAAGGAUGGCAUCGAAGGACACACCCCGCAGGAUGAGCAAGAAGCGCAAGGAGAUUCCUCCAUAUAGUGUGCGCAGAGACAGCCUGUGUCCACAGGCAUUUGCAAGUAUAGAGACUUUCUUCCACAGUUUGAAGAAAAGGAUGGCAUCAUCCACUUGACAUCGCCUGUUGCACGCAUGUCACACACUUGGGACAGAGCAACAACAUGCUACUCCCCAAUGGGCAAAUGGGACAGUGAGAACGAUGAAAGUGCUACACACAAGUACAAGAAGAGAUAUUCAACAACAACAAUUUUAGGGAAAAGGCUUUUUUCAGAUGAGUUUGAUGAAAAUGAUGAACAAGAAGGCACUAAACAGCAACCAAUCCCUGUGUCUCCGGAUGUUCAAAUUUUGGGGGAGAGAUCAUUGAAUGGUUCAUGCUCUAGUAUGGUAAACACGGCGGACAAUUUAUACAACAUGAAGCUAUCAUUAGGCACUUCAUCAAGUGGUAAAGAGAAUUUGCCUCCAAAAAGGAUAACACACCCAAGCAAGUGGCUCUCCUCACCAUAUGAUCACAAUGAGAGAGGACCUCUUCAGCCACAUGAGAUAGAGCUACACAGGGGCAUAGUGGCACUAAGCAAAGUUGAACCUCACAGAAGCAAAAUGGUUGUGUUGAUUGACAAAACAACCCUUUUCCUUGGACAACUUGGUGAUUCAUUUGGUGCGACUGGUCACGUCGAAGCAUAUGUUUUCAACGUUUUUUGUCAGAUGAUCUUUCGAGAGAAUCAUCCAAGGAGAUAAAAAACACACUACUUCUUCACUACACUAGGUGAUUAUUUUCUUGAAAAUUGGAAAUCUGAAGAAGGAAGGAGGGAAAUGAAGAGAAAAGCACUUAGAAGCUUCAAUGGAGCUGGAAAAGCAUUGCCUCUACACGAAAGUGAUCGUAUCUUCUUUCUGUCAGUUCAUGCCGAGCACUGGUUCUUGUUCGUUGUUGACAUUAUAGCAAGAAAGUUUGUCUUCCUAGAUUCUUAUUAUGAAGGGAACACACCAUUCCACAUCGGGAUAAGAGAUUUGAUGAUAAACAAUUUCAUAAAAACAUGGGAAGAUUCUAAUCUGAGAGGAAUGGGUUUCACAAAGUUUGGUGUAGAGUACCCAAACAUGCCAAAGCAAAUAGGAAGCGACGCUUGUGGGAUUUUUGCUCUUAACUGGAUGCAAACGUGGGCUUCGCGAAAUCCUCUGCAGCGACAGUUCACGAUGAACGACGUAGUAGACGCAAGGGUCAGAUUUGCUGUUGACAUUCUGUUUAGUAUUCACAACACAUAGGAUCAAGGCAAAAAACUCAUCAAGAACUUCAUGAAGGUCAAGCAGCCAACCAAGCACAACAUUUUCUGUAAUGCAUGGAGGAAUACUACAAGAAGGUCUUUUAGCAAGAUGAUCAAAAACAAUCACAAAAGUCAACAUCACAAAGUGUCCGGUGUACAUGGAGGAACGAUAUGAUUUUCUUUUUCUUUUGAAAGGGAAUCCAAGUUGUAUAGCAGUGUCAUAGAAAUUGGUCAUUAACCAGAAAACAAUUCAGAAUGUCUCAUGUUGUUUUCAGAUCAAUAUCGAAACAUCGUUUUUUGA